CACACAACACUUGCGUUGCCAGAGCUUUCAUCUCUUGUUUAUGAAUAUUUAAAAUCGCGAGUAGAAAAACAAAGAUAUUCUUAAUACGUAUACCCAAUAGUUUGUCGAUGUCAUCUAGUUUCAAGCUUGCGUUUGUAACUAUCGCCGCGUCCAACAUACAGACAGUGUGAUGUGUCAUUAGAUCUGUGACCUUGAGGUGCGAUAGUAAAGUGUUUAUUUUUUCUUUUUUUUUCAUUGCUAGUGAGAACAUGAAGUGACCAUGGAAUUUAUCGGAAAAUCAUUAUAAUCCGUCUGACGUUUCCGUGCACGAGUGACAGUGGCAGAGCAACAGUAGAGCUUGCAAAGUGGAGCAAAGGCCGAGCUUUCGAAACGCACACACACACGCGAGUGCAGUAUAUGUGAAUAAACAAAGCGUGAGGAAGCAAAAAUGUUCCGGAGCGUGAAAGCCAGGCAAGACUUGCUUAAAUCGGCCAAUGCCGCGUUCCUAAAGAUCGACAAGGCACCGUCGUCCAGUGACUUUGGCAAGGACUUCGAGAGGAUCGUGCCCAAGCUGAGCACGACGCGGGGCGUGCCGAGCACGAGCACGGAUCUCAAGGAGGUCCUCUGCGAGAAGAUACCCCUGCACCACGACCUCCUGCGCAAGUUCCAUCGGGUGCAUGGCUUCGACGUUGUCAGUCAGAUCACCGUCAACGACAUAUAUCGCGGCCUCGAUGGGGUCAACGCCCUCAUCAGGGAGACGUCGGAGUACGACCCUCAGACUGGAAUAAAGUACCGCGGGCUGUCGUUGCCCGAGCUCUACAAUCUUCUGCCCCGGAAGGGCAACUCGCCGAGUCCCGAGGCCGUGUUCUGGCUACUCCUGACCGGGGACGUGCCCACGCACGAGCAAGCCGAGGCACUGACGGCCGACUGGACGGAACGUAGAGCCAGGCGCAAGGAUUGGUGGUGGUCCGAGUCGUCGGGUGAACUUGGCGGCGUCGUCGGGGGCAUAUUGAAAGCACUUCCCAACAACGUGCCUCCGGUUGGUCGGCUGGCCAUCGCCCUCACGGCCCUUGACGCCGACAACCACAUCAAAAGGGCCAUCAAGGACGGCGUCAUGAGCUACUCGUACUGGGAGCACAUUUACGAGGACAGUAUGGAACUGCUGGCCUCGUUGCCGGCCAUCGUCGCGCUGGUCAGUGCCACCGAGACGCGCAGGUCCAGCUUGGUGCUGGAGAAGGCCGACUGGAUCGACUUUUUCCUCGACUGUCUGCACAAUGUCGACGAUAGCUUCUCCGAGGCCCAGAGGCAGGGCCUCGGGGACUUUUUGCGGCUCUACGUCUCCGUCAAUGCUGACGACGAGGGUGGAAUACCGGGAGCUCACGUGGCGCAAAUCAUGGGGACGAGCCAGUACGACGCCAGCAGAGCUUUGGCCGCGGGUGUUCUCGCCUACGCCAACGAGCCCACCAGCGGCACUCUUUGUCAGUACAUGGAUUUUCUGGUGCAAUUUCAAAACGCCGUUGGUCGUGAGCCAAAGAACGAGAUUUUGCGAAAUUUCGUGAAAAUCCUCGUGGAUAAGAGAUUCGAGUUUACGGGGCACAAGAGCUCCCAAUUCGAAGACACCCGUUACAAGGUCUUACAGGAGUUCGUUAGGAGCAACGUGCCAAAUGACCCGGAAAUCAAGCUGUCGCAGCAAAUAUCGAAAGUCUACACGAAGCAAAUAAAAGAAGCUAGGAACCAGUCGAUGGUUGCGGAGCAAAACGCCAUAGCUGCUCCGCUCUUUCAGUUUUACGGCUUGCGAGACAUGAACUACAACCAAUUGCUGCUGUGUAUGUCGCGGGCACUGGGCAUCGUUGCCUCGAUGAUUUGGACGACGGCACUUAACGCACCCGUCGAACGGCCCCGCGCCAAGUGCACCGUAAGCUAUUUCACGGAUUUGGGUGGCUAUCACAAGGGACGACGAGGCAAACCUGGAAAGCACUUCAAGACGAAAUAAACAGUAUUUUCACAAAAAAAAGAAGAAGAAAAAAAAAAGUACAGAAAAAGAGAGCUAAUUACCUGCCAAGGUGUUUUUUGUUGGCAAACAAACUCACGGGCGCGUAAAAACAAUGUAAUUUAUUGUAAUAUACCGAUGUAUCGAGUCGAACGAGAUAAUUUUUGUUCAAACAACGCGUGAGGAUGAGACAGUGGUGAGCUGGUGCUCUGAGCAACGGUUUUCACUGAGGGUAUCACAUUCACUUUGCCGUGCUGUGAAAUAUAUAUUAAUAAUAAUACUAAAAAAAAAAAAAAAAUUAUUUCGAUAAAAUAGUAAAAAAAAUAUAUAUACCUUAACUGUACAUAGGUACAGGAGGCGAUGGUUGUAAAUUGCUCAUGUGUAAAAAUAAAAGUAAUUUAUGCUGGGAUACUUCGAAUAAAGUAUCACCACUUAUGUAGCAACUACCCUCGUUCACCUCCUUGUAUCACUGAAAUGAAAAAGCUAGGGGAAAAAAAAGAGUUUUCGUUAAAAAAAUAUAUGAUGUAUGUAGGUAUCUUUGUAAUUCUAAUAUUUUACUUUCAACUCUUCAGGGGAAACCAUGAUGAUGUAUAUAGUUGUACAAUUCUUAAAUUAUAGUAUAUUGUACAAUGUAGAUGUAGACCAAGAGACAACCAAAGUUUAAUUUAUAUAAUCUUUUAAAAACGUGUACAUUAUGUACUGCACUUCAUUAAUAUUCGAAAAUAAAAGACUACUCGAAAAACAUUUAAUUAAAUACUAAUUGUACAACUGUCUGUAAAGACAGAACAUUCAUAGCUUGGGCAUAUAUACAUUUUUUUCAAUGACGUAACGAUUUGAUCGCCUGUUUCAUUAAAAGCUCCAUAUAUUUGUGGAAAUUAUUCAAAAUGCUGUUAACUCGUAACAAAUCUGUGAAAUAAUAAUGAAAUUUUCCUUGGAUUUAUAUAAUAUACAAUAAAUCUGUUUUACCGAUUAAA